UUUUCACCAUCUUUUCUCUCUCUCUCUAGAUCUGCUCUUGCAUUUUCUUGUCUUCACUUUUCAUAUUUUUCAAGAUCUCACUUACACUUCACACUCAGAGGGUAAAACCAAAACUAAAACCCUUUCCUCCACAUUUCAUGGAUCUGUAAACACCCUGCUACAUUUCCCGCCUAGGGUUUUCACUUAUUCAUGAUCAUCCAUACAUACAUUAACACUACACUUUCAUGAUGCACUCUUGUAGUUCAAAACCAGAAAAAGAAUUUGAGAAACAUUAUACCAACAAACUCACCUAUUUUAGGCUACGUUUCUGAUGAUGAGUCUGUAUGUACUACUUACAUACAAACAAAGAAGAUGCGGAUUUUGAUGCUGCUUCUUCUUCCUUUGCUCAAUUUUGUUUCUUCUACUCAUGGUUAUACAUGGUUGCAUCUAAACUUGUCCCCUUCAGUUGUGCCAAAUCUGCAUUUAUCUUUUGGAAAAUUUUCACUGGUUCAUGAAUAUUCAUCUGAUAACUUGGGUUUAAUCUCAUCCCUCCGAGCUCGUCAUUCUCUGCAUCCACCUGCAGUAGCACCGUCUAUCCCAGCAAGAUCAAAGCAAAGAGGUUCAAGAUCUUCUCCAUCAAGACCAAUAGAGCCAGGGACCAGCAAGCCGUCAUUGGGUCCAUCAACUGCACCUGCUCCUUCUCCAACACAUUUAGGCCCUGUUAGUGCUCCAGCCCGUAGCCCCUUGCCCCGACGUCGUGGUCAUCAUAAAAGGAAACAUCAUGUAGUCUCACCAGGCCCCUCCACUCCAUCAGGUUGUGAUCAGGUCACUUGUUCUAAACCGCUUACUACUACUCCCAUUGGAUCACCUUGUGGCUGUGUGUUUCCUAUGCAAGUUGAGCUUCAUGCAGGAGUAUCUCUGUAUCAGUUCUUUCCUCGAGUUGGGGAGCUAGAGGUAGAGGUUGCAGCUGGCACAUAUUUAAAACAAAGUCAAGUGAGGAUUAUGGGUGCGAGUUCUGAUACUCAAGAUCAGGAGAGGACAGUAAUAGACAUUGAUCUGGUUCCACUGGGAGAGAAAUUUGAUAACACUACUGCCUUACUGAUUUCCGAUAGGAUUUGGCAGAAGAAGCUGGCAAUUAAUAUGACACUCUUCGGUGAUUAUGAAGUCGUAUAUGUCAAUUAUCCAGGGUUACCUUCGUCACCGCAAUCCAGAGGUUCAACGAGCAGUGGUCCUACUGGAAGUAUUGGAGGCGAUGAACAGCCUAUAGUUGCAAGGCCUACCAGCAAGAAUCAAAAGAUGAAUGCUAGAACAGUUGCUGUGAUCGCUUUAUCAGCGUUUGUACUUUUCUUGGUAUGCUUUGGUGGAGUUAUCAUCCUCCUCAAGUGUAAGAAGCAUGGAAGACCAACUGCUGUUGGUCCCACAUUUACACCGUCCAUUGCUAAGAGAUCUGGUAUGAUCAGGUCCAUCAGAUCAGUUAGCAUGACAAGCUCAACAUCAAUGUCGCUUGUUUCUGCUAUGGCUACUUGUGUUCUCUCAGUGAAGACCUUUUCACUACUUGAGCUUGAGAAGGCUACAGAUAAAUUCAGUUCUAAGAGGAUUUUGGGUGAGGGAGGAUUUGGUCGAGUUUACCAUGGGAUCAUGGAGGAUGAAACUGAGGUUGCUGUCAAGAUGCUUACAAGGGAGGACCAAAGUGGAGAUCGUGAGUUCAUUGCGGAAGUUGAGAUGCUAAGCAGAUUGCAUCACCGUAACCUAGUAAAGCUCUUCGGUAUAUGUAUUGAGGAACAGCAACGCUGCUUGGUAUAUGAGCUUGUUCACAACGGGAGUGUUGAGUCCCACUUGCACGGCGUGGAUAGGAGCAAGGGGUCUCUUGACUGGGAUGCUCGGAUGAAGAUUGCCCUAGGUUCAGCAAGGGGAUUAGCAUAUCUGCACGAGGAUUCUAAUCCUCGUGUCAUUCACAGGGAUUUUAAGGCCAGUAAUGUUCUACUAGAAGAUGAUUUUACCCCUAAGGUUUCAGAUUUUGGCCUUGCAAGGGAAGCAACAGAAGGUAGCCAUCAUGUUUCAACUCGAGUUAUGGGCACUUUUGGGUAUGUUGCUCCUGAAUAUGCAAUGACAGGACAUUUAUUAGUCAAGAGUGAUGUGUACAGUUAUGGAGUUGUUCUUCUGGAGCUUCUUUCAGGAAGACCACCUGUAGACAUGUCCCAAUCCCCGGGACAAGAGAAUCUUGUAACUUGGGCACGCCCACUACUUACAACUAGAGAAGGGCUUGAGCAGUUAGUUGACCCUGCACUAGAAGGAAAUUAUAACUUCGAUAAUAUGGCACGAGUUGCAGCCAUUGCUUCAAUGUGCGUCCACCCUGAGGUGACUCAGAGACCCUUCAUGGGUGAAGUUGUGCAGGCAUUGAAACUCAUAUACAACGAUAUUGAUGAAACAUGUGGAGACAUUUGUAGUCGAAAGGAUUCUUCAUCUGGUCUUGACUGUGAUUAUAAAGGUGAUCCUGGUCGUUCUAAUAGGAGUUGGUGGAAUACUGGCGGGUUCACUCCACGUUUAACUUAUGGGUAUGCAUCUUCUUUCAUCACAAUGGAUUAUAGUUCAGGUCCACUUGAUGAAAUGGACAACAGACCGCAUUCGAUAUCAAGUGUGGUAGGAGAAGGAAGAUCUUUACCGAUUAAGCACACAAAUAGAUCAGGUCCGCUGAGAACAGUCCGGAAACCGGCAUUUUACCGACUAAGAGGAAGUAUGAGCGAGCAUGGAGGGCAACCUUCACGCCGUAGAUGGACAGAUGGGUUUUGGGUAUAAGAAUUAUUCUGUUGACACAUUUUUUUCGAAAAAGAAAUGAAAUGUACAGUUCCAGAAAAAAGAUGGGAGUCAUGAUUCAAGAUGUAUUUCAUUCAAUGUAUCAUGAUGUGUUGCUUUGGGUUCCCUAGUGUUUCAUGUUGGUGUAAAAGAAGAAAGAGAGAGACAUGGCUUCUAAAUAUAUUUUUUGGAAUACUUGGCUCA